AUUUGGACCGGAAGUACAAAUAGUUAGCCAAGUUACCCUCUGUGCCAACGCCCGGUCUCGUAGAAGCUAAGCUAAAGUUAGCUCGUGGACAUUACGAGGGCCACACGCAGCCCCAACACGAGAAACUGAGAUGCAGACCAUCAAAUGUGUGGUGGUGGGCGAUGGAGCAGUGGGAAAAACCUGUCUACUGAUUUCAUACACCACCAAUAAGUUCCCCUCGGAAUAUGUACCAACAGUGUUCGACAACUAUGCAGUAACUGUUAUGAUCGGUGGUGAACCGUACACCCUUGGCUUAUUUGAUACAGCAGGUCAGGAGGAUUAUGACCGGUUACGACCACUAAGCUACCCACAGACUGACGUCUUCUUAGUCUGCUUCUCUGUUGUUUCUCCAUCUUCGUUUGAAAAUGUUAAAGAAAAAUGGGUUCCGGAAAUCACCCACCACUGUCCUAAGACCCCGUUCCUGUUGGUCGGCACUCAAAUCGACCUACGCGAUGACCCCUCCACAGUUGAGAAGUUGGCCAAGAACAAACAGAAGCCCAUUACCCCGGAGACGGCCGAGAAGCUCGCGCGGGACCUUAAGGCGGUCAAGUACGUGGAGUGCUCGGCCCUCACACAGAAAGGAUUAAAGAAUGUGUUUGAUGAGGCAAUACUGGCUGCCCUGGAGCCCCCCGAACCUAAGAAAAGACGUAAAUGUGUUCUGCUCUAAGUUUGAUCGGAGCCUCCUCUGCAGCGUUUUCUAGGUUAGCAGUACACGGACCAACACUAUUUGAAAGACCAUGAAAUAUUUGCCUCCUGCCUGAAUUAACCUAAAUACAUAUUCAGUGUGUUGUAGUCUUAAGAAUUGAUGCUGUUUUUGCUGACAUCUUAUGAAAUUGCUUCGCACAAAUUCUUUAACUGUAUCACAGAGGGACAUGUCUAGACAAUAGUUCAGCUUAGUCCACAAAAUGACUUUUUGUUAUACAGUAUUAAUGCACAAAGUAGUCAAAUGCACUUUGUUGCUCGUUUAAUCAGUUUGAAUGUAAAACCUACACAAUUAUACAAAUCAGCUUCCGGACUGAGCUGAAGUCUAUUUGACUAGUGCUUUUGUUUAACAGCAGUUACUAUUACCUUGCAGUGUGGACACUCUAUGUAAGACCUAUUUCUCUUGAGUACUUAACACAAAUGCUGAUAUUUCAUUUUGUAGGUGCAGAGACCCAGGCCAGUAUACUUUUUAAAGCUGGCUGAUACAGCUUCUUAUGUCAGAUAGCGACGCAGUGUGGCACACUUCUUUAAAAAGGAAGCCAAAAUGUUUAGCUUUCAGAUCCUGUGAAGGUUUUGAAAUGCCAGUUUGCAUUGGUCUUCUACUAUAGCCAUUCCUAGAUGUGAGCUUGAUUUUAUUUGUACAUACAGUAUAGUGAAAAUAAUUCAUAACUUAUUGACUGAUAAGUGUGCAUUACUGAUGGUUAUAUGAGAAGUUGAGGUGAUACUGAAAAGAAAUGACUAGAAAGUGUUUCCAAUUGAAGGAUGAGCUAUGUUUUUAAUAAUUUUCAAUUUAACAUCAAGCUGUACUAUAUUUUCCCUGUGAUUAAAUGUCACAAUAAACCAGUAUUAUGGAAAUAAUUCGUGUUAUUC